AGGUCUGACAGGAUCUGUGUCCCAGUGCCCCCCCCGGGGAGGGGCCUCUGGCCACAGCACACAAGCCAGGCUCUGGGUGUUUGCUUUCCAGUCUCCCAGGCGGGUGAUAACCACCCGCUCCCAGCCAAGGCUCCAGCUCACCAUGCUGAAAUUCAAGAGGUAUUUGAUCACGAAGCUGAGUGCAAUCUACAGGUGCCAGCCAGGUCGGCUCUGGAUCUCCUUCAGCCUCCUCGUCCUCCUCCUGGUCACACUUCAGGUUGUGGAGAAGCUGCAGCCUCCUGGGAGCUGUCAGUGUGAGCUGGAGCGUGGCCUGCAGCAGACCACAGGCCAUGAGCUCAGCUCUGCCCUCCACAGCCCGGACCUGCUGUGGGAGGAUGACUCCCCUCAGGGGCACAGGGAAGCUGAGCCAGCCCCUGCUUUGACUGAGGAUGUUUUUGGGAUGCAUCUGUACCUCAGGCAGGAGACCCCCCCGGGAAGCAGCCAAGAGGAGCGCUGGAUGCAGCAGCCUGGGGAGAGCAGCGAGAAGGUGAGAGCCCCUCUGUCACCCACGGAGCUGAAACCCCAGCUUCCCGGCCUGGAAAAAGCAGCCAGAGAAAGUCCUCCUCCAAGCCUUCCCGGGAGGGUCGCCGCAGAUUUGGCAGAAGCUGUCACCAGCAAGUUCAUCAUCUUUGCAAACAGGCUGAGCACAGGGGAGCAGAAGGGAACGUCCCCCCCUGGAAUGGUGCAGGUGGAGGUACAGAGCCAGACUCAGCCUCGACCUGUGGGUUCUCCCCAGCCUGAGUGGGGCAUCUCAUUCACACAGCCCAUCCCAAACUCAGCUCAACCUCUGCAGGCAGAGGAUUCUUACAAAACAGACCUGAAGAUAGGAUUUCUCCCAAGCUGGACAGAAGCCUUUGAGGUCAAGGAGGUAAUAGCUGGAGAAGGCCAGCAGGCCAGAGGAGUCACCUCUCAAGGGAAGACAUGCAAGCCCAAGACUGACAUUGUUUUCCUGAAAGUCCACAAGAGCGCCAGCAGCACCGUCAUGAACAUCCUGUUCCGCUUCGGGGAGACACACAACCUCACCUUCGCCUUCCCCCAGGGCGGGGGCUUCCAGCUCUACUACCCCCACCACUUCCUGGCCAGGUUCGUGCAGGGCUUCUCCCCUCUGAGCCCCCGGCGCUUCAACAUCCUCUGCCACCACAUGCGGUUCCUGCAGCCGGAGGUGCAGAAAGUGGUGCCCAGCUCUGCCGUGUACUUCUCCAUCCUGAGGAACCCCGUGCAGCUGAUGGAGUCCUCCUUCGUGUACUACAAGGGCGCGUCGGCCUUCUCGCGCGUCCGCAGCCUGCAGGAGUUCCUCAGCCAGCCCUGGCGCUACUACGACCCCACCAGCGGCGACCGCCACUACGCCAGGAACCUCAUGACCUUCGACUUCGGCUUCAACCCCGACGGAGACGUGUCCCCCGAGCGGGUGCAGCUCAUGCUGAGGGCCAUCGAGGCGUCCUUCGACUUCCUGCUCAUCUCCGAGUACUUCGACGAGUCCAUGGUGCUGCUGAAGGAGAUGCUGUGCUGGGACCUGGACAGCGUCGUCUCCUUCCCGCUCAACAUCAGGGACAGCAGCACCAAGUCCCCGCUCGCGGACUCCGUGGUGGAGAAGCUGAAGGCCUGGAACAGGCUGGACUGGGAAAUCUACACGCACUUUAACAGGACUUUUUGGGAAAGGAUCGACCGCCACAUCGGCCGGGAGCGCCUGGGGCGGGAGGUGCGGGCGCUGCGGCGGCGGCAGGCGGAGCUGGCCCGGGCCUGCCUGCAGGGCACGGGCAGCGUGGCCCCCAAGGACAUCAAGGACUCUUCCCUGCGGCCGCUGCAGCACGGCGGGGCCAGGAUCCUGGGCUACAACCUCAAGCAGGGCUUGCCUCAGGAGCUGGAGCGGACCUGCCGGCGGCUGGUGACGCCGGAGCUGCAGUACAGCAGCCUCCUGUACAAGAAGCAGUUCCCGCCGCCGCCCCUCGAGAGCCCCCGGCCCGCUGCCUCCCGGGUCCCGCCGCGCCGGCUGCGGGCCGCCCGAAACUGAGCCCUCCUGCCUCGGAAUCCUCCUCCAUCUGCUGAGGGCAGCGAGGCCCGGCCAUGCUGGGGGCUGGGGGUGCUGCCCGGGCAUCUCUGUCCUUGCCCCGCUCUGCUCCUCUGCCCCUCAGGAGCCUCUGCCCCUCAGGAACUCCUGCCCCUCAGGAGCC